CACGCGGCAGCCUCAUCCAUUCCAUUGUUUCAUCCACCGCACAACGGUCAACACAAUCUGCACCUCUUCCGGAUCCAAAUCACAGCUCCUCUCGAUUCAUCCACGAUCAACGCCCAUGGCUACAGUCGCCGGAGGAGCAGUGCUGCAGAUGCGCAUCCCGUCGGCCUCGUCGUCGGCGUUCGAGCCCGUGCGGCGGCGGAGGACGCCGUCGGUGAGGUGCGCAGCCGUGCGCGGGGCGUCGAGGACAGCGGGCGGAUUGGAGGAGGACCACUACCGGACGCUGAGGCUGUCGCCGGGGGCCACCAGACGCGAGGUCAAGAAGGCCUUCCACCGCCUCGCGCUGCAGUACCACCCGGACGUCGUGCGCCGGCAAAACGACGGAGAAGACAACAGCGACGACCUGGACUUCCAGAGGAUCAACGUUGCGUACCAGAGGGUAAUGGCCAACAUGCGGGAGGCGGAGGCGAGGCUCGAGUACUGGCGCUCUCGCUACGGUCUCGCCGACGAAGACCUCGACCGGUACCGGCGCUACCUCAACGAGGACGACGGCGAGGACGACUGGUUCGCCGACCUAUGAGUUCUGAAACGACGGGCCCUGCUUCUGGCCAUGACACUUCGACAACGUUGUAAAUUUGUGAAUUUAGUGUCACUGUAUUGUACUUCUCGCCUGUUUUAUUUGUGGGGAGAAGACAUGCAAACUCGCAUUCAGGGUUCUACCAAUUGUACUACUCGGAGUAGGUUCUUUAAUUUCAUUGUGAAUAUAAAAAAAUAGGAGGAAUUUUAAUUUA